GAGUGGAAUUAUCAGGUUUUAUAAAGAUAAGGAUAUAUUUAUAACAGUAUUUUUCGAUUAAUCAGGUAGUACACGGAGUUUAUUUUUUUUUAACACAUAAAGAAUUUUUUCUUUACAUAUCCAAUUUAAAAAGAAGUAUUUGAAAUUAAACAUAAAAAAAAAAUUUAAUUUCGAGAGUGCAAAUUAGGGUCACAUCAUCGGAAAUGUUUCGAGUCUUAGUUUUGAUUUUGCUAUAUGCCAAUACAAUUUUCGGAAACAAAAAUAAUUACAACUAUCAAUGUGCGCAGAACAAUGAUCAAUGUAAUCCUUCCUACCAACAACCAUGCUGUGAGAUAAGAAGUACGUGUGAAAAAAAUAAACUCCAUGAUUUGUUCACAUGUAAAAAGCAAGAAUAUAUAGGAAUGUUUUGCACACGAAAUGAGGAUUGUGAUGAAAUAUUGCAUUCAAAGUGUUCAGAAGAUAACACGUGUAUUUGCAGGUCUAAUACUAUUGAAGUCAACUUUACCAUAUGUGCACCGCUACUGGGUGAAUAUUGUGUGAAUAAUGAAAAGUGUGCACCUGAUAAUUCUAUUUGUAUUCAUAACGAAUGUUGGUGCAGGGCGAAUUAUUCACGUCUGUCUAAUAAUCAAUGCAAGCUAAAAAUACUAGGAGAACCUUGCACUGACGAUAGUAAAUGCGAAGUAGUGAAAUUCGCAAAAUGUUCGGCGUAUGAUAAUAAAUGUAAAUGUACAGCUAAUACCACUGCAUUGAAUUCAACGUUGUGUGCACCACUUUUAGGUGGAUUUUGUGAAACCAAUGAUGAAUGCGUAGUUAUGAAUUCUAUCUGUGUUGAUAAUAAAUGCAAAUGUAAGCCUAACUUACAUCCUGAAUCUAAUGCACGUUGUAAAGAAGUUUUUAUGCGAAUGCCUUGUAAUCGUGAUUCUGAUUGUAAUAAAUUCAUAAAUCAUUCAAGCUGUAUAAAAGCAAAAGUAUGUGCGUGUAUAAUCAAUCAUUAUCCGAUCGACCAGACAGUAUGUGCACCAAUGUACAAUCAAAGUUGUCAAGACCAUGAACCUUGUGCAAUUAAUAACUCUCUUUGCAUUGAUAACAAGUGUCGAUGUAAACAUAAUUAUGUUUAUCAAGAAUUCAAAUGCCAUCCAAUAUAUUUGGAAGAGCCUUGCGUUGUUCACGAAGAUUGUCAUAAAAUAAAAUUUGGAAUUUGUUCAAAAGAUAAAAAAUGUGUUUGUGAUGAAAGACAUACGCAGUUUAAUGAAACAUUGUGUGGGCCAAUUAUAGGUGGAUUUUGUUCAAAAGAUGACGAAUGUAAAAUUUCAAACUCACAAUGUAUUAAUAAUCGAUGCGAAUGUGAAGCUUUUUAUUCACCUUUAUACAAUAAACAAUGUUUACCAACUUUGUUAGGAUGGAAUUGCGAAUAUGAUGACGAUUGUAGAAAUUUAUUCAGUGCAAAGUGUUCAAAAAAUAAAAAAUGUAUUUGUCAAUCGAAUCACGUUCCUUUUAAUAACACAAUGUGUGCUCCAUUACUGGGUGAAUAUUGUAGGAAUGAUGAACAAUGUAUAACAAAUAAUUCUGUUUGUGUCAACCAUGCAUGUCAAUGCAAUCAUGACUUUAUAGAACAAUCAAACAAUGAAUGUAUUGAUGAGUUUUUAGACGUAUUUUGUGAAAAAAAUCAACAUUGCGAAAGGGCACCGAACGCCAAAUGCUCAGAAAAGAGAAAAAAAUGUUUUUGUAACAGUAGUCAUGUAAAACUGAGUGAAAUAGCUUGUGCACCGUUAUUGGGAGAAUUUUGUCGUUACAAUGACACAUGUGGCACGAAUAAAUCGACUUGUAUUAAUAACCAAUGUUCAUGCCAACCUAACUAUGUGCGAGAUUCUAAUUAUAAAUGCUUACCUCUCUUGUUGGGACUUGCGUGUAGAGCAGAUCAUGACUGUAGUAAAAUAAAAUAUGCGAAAUGUUCUGACGACAAUAAGUGCGUUUGCAAAUCGAAUUACCUUCAGUUAACCAAUAACACAUGUGCAGCGCUUAUUGGAGAAUAUUGUGUGGAAAGUAGUGAUUGUCAUCCCAUGUACUCCCGUUGUUUUCGUAGAGUAUGCCGAUGCGCGGAUGGCUUCGUUCGGCAAUCUAAUAACCGAUGUUUAUCAAGUGACCUUAAGAAAUACUGUGAUAAUAAUAACGGCUGUGUUCAUGUGAUGCAUUCAAUAUGCUCGGAGAAUAACGAAUGUGUUUGUAUUGGAAAUCAUAUUGCAUUAAAUGAGACAACGUGUUCACCUUUGUUAAAUGAACCAUGUUUGAACAAUGAAGGAUGUGCAACAUCUAAUGCUGUUUGCGUUGACAAUAAAUGUCAAUGUAAACGUAAUUAUUUACCUCAGUCCGAUAAUUAUUGCAUACCAGAGCGUUUGAAGGGUACCUGCGAUUGUAAUUUGGAUUGUAAGGCUGUAAAACAUGCAAUAUGUUCGAUAAAUAACAAAUGUGUUUGCAAAGAAAAUUAUGUUUCAAUUAAUGAAACAACAUGUGAACUAAUAAAAUACCAUUUCUGUUCGGCAAAAGAACAAUGCUAUACCAAAUCAAAGUAUUGUCGUCAAAAUAACGAUUGUGACGAUUCAGAGCGUAGAUAUUGUUCAGAAAACCAGACAUGUAUCUGUAAACCAACUUACAUAGAAUUGAAUGAAAUUUGUCAACCCAUUAUAGGUGGUUACUGUUCAAAAAAUGAAGAUUGCCUUCCAGAUAAUACUUUUUGUAUUCUUAACGUAUGUCUAUGCAAGUAUAAUUUUAUAGCUCGAUCCAGUGAUGAAUGUAUACCAGUUUCAUUGGGAAUGUCAUGUGAAUCAAAUGCAGACUGUGAUUCAAUAAAAAACGCAAAAUGCUCGAAUGGUAAAAUAUGCGUAUGCAUUGAAAAUAGUAUUUCACUCAAUCAAUUUACGUGCACGGUAAUUAUCGGAGGAUAUUGUUUAAACGAUGGUAAUUGUUAUAUCGAACAUUCAUGUUGUGUAAAUAAUAUGUGUCAAUGCAAACCCGCAUAUUUAUCAGCAUCUGAUGACCAAUGUGUGAAAACAUUAUCGUUACCCGAUUGUUCUGUACGUUCAGAUUGUAGAGAUGCAUUACACAUGGAUUGCUCAAUUAAUAAUAAAUGUGUAUGCAAACCGAAUCACAUCGCAUUUAUUAAUCAAUCGUGUGCACCGGUUUUAGGUGGAUUCUGUUGGUUGGAAGGUCAAUGCGUCACGGAACAUUCUGAUUGUAUAGAUAAUAGUUGUACGUGUAAGCCUGGUUAUGUUCAAGUAUCCGAUAAUUUAUGCGUACAACCCCUGGAUUAUCGGAGACGUUAAUGAAUCUAAAAUAUAAAAAAACCAUCUAUCUACAUUGACUUUGUGAAGAAACGCAAGUCAAAAUUGAUACUAAUAGAGAUGGUGAUUUAGGCAAAUGCAGUUUUAUAUUUUUCAUUCUUAUAGUUUAUUAAUAUUAAUUCAUUAAACUAUCUAACAUAUUGAACUUAUCUAUUAUUAUCUUACAUUUACAUAAUCACUCGAUAAAUGACAUUUUUACAGAUGUAUGCAAUACAUAAAUUGUAGCUGUCUUUUUAAAAUGUGACGAUAACCAUAUUCGAACUAUAAUUUGUACUUUUUUCAUUUUAAAUGCAUAUAAUAAUAAAAUUGUCUAUAUCUAAUCUUAGUAAAGAAGAUAUCUACAAUACCAUUAGUGAAUAAA